UUAGCAAAUUAAUUAAUUUGUUUGUAACCACAUUGGUUUUAAUUGCACUGAUAAUAUGCAAAGUACUGGAUUCAAUUAGAAACCCUAAAAGAAGAAAGAUGUGUUACACAGUAACAGUACAAUCCCUACACUGACUACUCCUGCAAGCAUUUCAGUUCUUUGCCUGUUUCUGGUAGCUCCCUCAUUGAAAGCUGCUCCAUCUAUCAUCAUGGAUUAUUUAUACGCUAAAGAAAACACAAAAAAAUUAAUAAAAUCCCCAUAAAUCUCAUCCCUUCUUCUUGCUAUUCUUGUUUCUAAAAUGAUAGAGGGGAUAGGGUAUCAUGUCUCUCUCUCUCUCUCUCCAAAACUUCUUCUUCAGGCCACCAGUUUCUAUAGAGCUUGGAAUUAAUUUGUAUCCAUUAAUUACAUUAACUUGUCUCUUUGAGAGAUCAGUUUCCCCAAAUAUACCUGGUAUCGAUCACAGUUACUAUUGCCACUGCUCUAUUCUAUAUAUGUCUGCUCUGUGCACGCGUACAAGUCAUUGAAACCUAGCUAGCUACCUCAUCAAGAUCUUAAUCUCGCAGAUAAAUGCUCAUGGGUUCAUUCAAUUCUUCCCAUCAUCAAAGAAUAGUACCUCAACAACAAGAAGAACAAGAUCCAGAGAUUCACCCAGAUCUACAACUGUAUAACCAGCACCAGCACCAGUACCAGAUUGCUCAGCAGCCAUUGUUAAUGUCACGCGGAUUGACCUCCCGGCAACUCCUCAUCAGCUGCGCUGAGCUCAUUUCUCAGCUCGACUUCUCCUCCGCUCGCCGCCUCAUUUCCAUUCUAUCCUCCUCGAAUUCCUCCCCUUACGGAGACUCCACCGAGAGACUAGUCCACCAGUUCGUUCGCGCCCUCUCUCUCCGCCUGCCUGCAGUGGAGGCGGCUCCACGAGAAAUCGUGAGUGUUGCCGUCACCACUGCAUCAUCCGCCUCCACCUCCAACACGUUGCUGGAGGUGGAGACGGAAGCAGAAGAGGAGGCGCUUCAGUCGUGCUACCUAACCCUAAACCAGAUAACCCCAUUCAUCAGGUUCAGCCACUUGACGGCGAAUCAAGCCAUCCUCGAAGCCAUAGACUCGACUCACCACGCCAUCCACAUCCUCGACUUUGACAUCAAACACGGCGUCCAAUGGCCACCGUUGAUGCAGGCCCUCGCGGAGAGAUCCUACGGCUCAAGCUCAUCUCUUCACCACCCUCCUCCGAUGCUCCGCAUCACCGCCACCGGUCGCGAUCUCACUCUCCUCCGCCGAACCGGCGAGCGCCUCCUCCGGUUCGCCCAGUCUCUCGGCCUCACCUUCCACUUCCGCCCCAUCGUUCUCUUAAACGACGUCGCAAUGAUCGACUACCUCAACCCGGCAUCGCUCGGUCUCUUCUCUGACGAAGCCCUCGCCGUCAACUGCGUCCUCUACCUCCACAGACUCCUCACGGACGACGCACGUGACCUCCACCUCUUCCUCGACAAGAUCAGAGGCUUGAACCCGAAGAUAGUAACAGUAGCCGAGCGAGAAGCCAAUCACAAUAGCCCCAUGUUUCUCAACAGGUUUGUCGAGGCGGUGGACCACUACGGCGCCGUUUUUGGCUCCUUGGAAGCUACCCUCCCGCCGAACAGCAGGGAGAGGCUGGCGGUGGAGCAGGUGUGGUUCGGAAGAGAGAUUGCUGACGUGGUGGCGGCAGACGAUGAUCAAAGAAGAAAGCAGUUGAGGCAUGAGAGAUAUGAGAAUUGGGAGAUGAUGAUGAGGAGAUCGGGGUUCUCGAAUGUUCCGUUGAGUCCCUUCGCUCUUUCGCAAGCGAAGCUUCUUCUCCGGCUUCACUACCCUUCCGAGGGUUACCAGCUUCACAGCCUCAAAGACUCGUUCUUCUUAGGUUGGAUGAAUCGUCCCCUUUUCUCAAUUUCUUCUUGGAACUAAUUUAUUUGCAGUACCAGUAGUACUAUAUAGAGAGGUAGAAAUAUAUAUACAUAUGCCCUUAUAGCUAGAACUCAAAUUCGAAUCCUAACUAAGCUACUCCAUCUGAUUAUUAUAUAUGCAUGGAAUGAUGGAAGAGUAUAUGUAAUACCAAACAUUGAUGUGAUGAAUCUGGACGACGACGUUUGCAUGCGAAGAAAACAGCAGCUUCCUCAUAGCCAUGCUUUGCACACUGUUUCUUUCUUUUAGCUAUCUUUCUUUUGCUAGAUAGCUAGCUAGCGUCUGAAAUUGAUCAUGAUCAGUGUUGUAAGGUUAUAAAUGUUUGGGCUUGAUUUGAUUUAUUUGUUUUUGUAGUUUUUAUGAUCACUUUAGUGAUGGGAUGAUCUCUUUUUUAUUAUUUAAUUUUGUAUAACCAA